UCAUGAAUCGCCGCCGCUGGUCGCGGAGAGGCGGAGUCUCCAUUCUGCUGCUGUCACCGCGCGCAGGGAAGCAGGCCGGCUCCAUCUCAUCACGACAUCAUCCUCCUCCUCCUCCUCCGUCCACCGCGACAACCCGCUUCCGCUCCCACGGAACACACGGACAGGGACGAUUUCGAUACAGAAAACAUCGUUUUGCAUCGACAGCGGCAAAGAUGCUGGCCUGCGCAGAGAUGAUCACCAUGUGCCUCCAGUCCGCAAAGCACGAUCACCUGAGGAAGCAGCAGGAGCUCUGCCACAACCACAAUCAAGGCAUCUCCCUCUUUCAUGAUAUUUUCCGCCGGGCAGACAAAAAUGAUGACGGGAAGCUGUCCGUGGAGGAGUUCCAGUCUUACUUCACUGAUGGUAUCCUCACUGACAGCCAGAUGCAGGAGCUGUACUGCUCCAUCGACAGGCAGCAGACAGAUAACCUGGACAUAGACAAACUCUCAGAGUACUUCAGUCCACAUCUGGGGGAAUACGUCAAUGUCCUGUCUGCUCUGGAUAAGCUGAACGUUGCCAUCUUGAAGGCCAUGGAUAAGACUAAAGAGGAGUAUCAGGGUUCAUCGGUACUGGGUCAAUUUGUGACUCGCUUCUUGCUGAGGGAGACCUCCACCCAGCUGCAAUCCCUUCAGUCGUCGAUGGACUGCGCCAUGGAGGCGGUUCACGAGCCGGGCUGCACAGAAAGGAGGAUACUGAAAAAACCAGAGGACCUGCCCGUGCAGAGGAUGACCAAACGGCCCGGUCGACGCAUCCAAAAGAACAUGUGUCUCUCCCCUACUGACCCUUACUCCGGCAUGCUGACCACAGGGGUCAGCGUGGAGCCAGACAACCACUGGGGCUCUCAGAUCAACCAACUGGAGCAGCUCAUGGACAAACUGGAGUACGAGAGUCCACACCUUGAGCCUCUCAAAGAGGACACGUUGGCAGGGACGUAUAAAUCGAACAUACUUCUGGUCCAAAGGCAAAUGUCUGUGAAGGAGAAGGAUGUGGAGCAGUUUCAACAAGCUCUUAAAGUAUACACAGAUACCACCAGCAGCCAGCUCGACAACCUGCACGUUUCCAUCCAGAACCUGCCAGACAGAUCAUGCUUCAUCAUGUACGAAUUUUGGCAGGACCGUCUCUCCUGGAUGAGCUACCUGCAGUCGUCCAUCAGUAAGACCUUCCAGCGCUGCGUCAUCGACUCGCUGGAGGAGCCGGAGAUGGUCUCCACCAUGCUCCUGCCAGCCUCUUGGUGGAUAAUGAACAACAACUGACAGGGCAAAGGCGCAGCUACUUAACACAAUAAAAGCACGAGGAAAAGUGGAUUGUGCAAUUGCUUUUAUAUAUUGUUUUCUUUAAUAUCCAAUUUUACAUCAUGGCAUGACCGGGAUUGUUUUUGCAAAGCUAUUCUCUGAGGUUAUAAAAAAAGAAGACUGCUCAGAUACGUCAGUCAAGAGUGAAAUACAAUUAAAGAGAAGGAAUUGAGGCAAUAUCUUAUCAUGUGAUGAGGAUUUGUGCCAACGUCCAUUUACGGGCACAUCUCUUGCGUCUGAUUAUUCGAAACAUAAUGACUUACUUUAACAAAUAUUUGCAUGAUUUGUUAUUUCUCAGUGCUUGUUUAUUUUAUAUCUAAAAAUAGAUUAAUGUCACUGAUUCCGCAAAAAUAGAAAUACAUGAAUAAAAACGGAUCAGUCCAUUCAUCCCUAUGCAUCACACAUUCUUGAGUUCUCACAGAAACACAAAUAGCGGUACAAAUAACCUGCAUUUCCCCUUGUUCUCUACGUGGUAUUGUGCUUUGUCGUCUCCUUCAAAACUUUGCAUCCAAGGGUCCUUUUGCGUAUGUGUUAGACAGCAAAAACGACUAUGGUCCACAUCUAAACCUGUAUCAUCCGUGUUUCACUCCAGCACUUCAGAAAAAGAUCAAACGUGGACCUAAUUGUGAAGAAUAGACUUUUGUUGCUGAUUGUCAGUUGAAAAGGUAUAAAUAUCUGUUGUUAAGAGCUGCACUUUAGUGCAGUGAGACGUUAGCAGACCUUACAAAUUGAAUAAGUUGUCUGCAGUUUACCUGUACUGUAACUCUAGAAAUAAAAUAUGCAUUGUGUAGUUAGUAUACAGUGCACACGCACAUAAAGGUUUAUAUUUUAAGUACAGAAAUUAAACAGUUUGGUGUUAUAACAUUGGAAAGAAAGUAUAUUUAGAUUUGUGAAUUGUAGUUAAUGAAGGCUGUACGGUGUAAGUUGUUGUUGUAGAACAUUGGUAAAUGUACAGUAUGACGGUACAGUGAGCAGUGGUUGCUCUGAUGACGUGAGGAAAGAAUGUUUUUGCUCUUUUUUGAAGUAUUUUAUCAUUUAUUUUAUGAAAAAUAUACAGAUAUGUGAAUGCUAUGUUUGUUUUCCGGCAUGAAAUAAAGUUCAUGACUUGUUGAUGACAUUAAA